UCAUCUGGAUCACUCGGAGCAGGAUCUGUAGAUAUUUUCAGAGACACUUUUGAGAAUUCGGAUUUUAUUUAAAAAAAAAAAAACCCCACACAAAUAUCUUUGUUACACCUUCACUAAAUCUAAACAGCAAUUUGACAGCGUGGGAGGAGAACCGAUUCUCAGUGAUUCGAAUCCCCUGACUCACUUUAAGGAGUCGCUUGGAGAGAAACUGAGGAUUAUUUUCCAGCUGUAAUGUUGCAGCCGUUCAGCAGAGAAGAAGUCAAAGCGUCGUCUUUCUGCUGAAUAUCUUCUGAUUACUUAUUAUUAUUAUCUUUAUUUGUCGCUUCCUUAUUAAGUCUGUAGCCAGAGAUCUGUUUAAGACUGAAAGUGAAGCUCGAGCGCGUCAGUUGUUGUUGUUGUUGUGACUCCAUUAAACCCUGAAGGAGGAAACUGAGUUCCACCGCAGUUACUGUCAGAGCAUAAAAACAUCUCAGAAGCGUCCACAACCUGACCAGGAUUCUAUACAGCACAGGGGAGAAGAGAGGAGGAGAAGAGGAAGAAGAGAUUCAUGUUUGAUUUGAAGUUGAGGAAGAAGUGAAACAGAAAGCGUCUGAUGGCUUCCAAAAUCAAAGAGAAACUACAGGAGCAGCUGCGAGAGUACAUCUUACAAUCUCUGAAAUACACUGAAACACUGAAGGAGUUUUGUGAUGGAGAGUCCAAAUGGACCUUACAGAGAGAGACCGAGCUCGAGAUGAUGAGAGACAUCAAGGAUCGGGCCGAUCAGAUCACUCUGAAGUUUGACCAUGUUCAGAAGUCUGAAGACAAAGCCAAGGCUUUUGGUGAGUACACAUGGAGCAGCCUGACCCAGUUUACAGCAGAUACCAAGAGGCAGGAGCUGGAGAAGGAGUUAGGAGAAGUUCUGAAGAACACUCUAGAAGGCCUGGAGAAACUCCACUGCUUCCUGGAUGCAGUGGAGAAGUUAGCAGUCACCUCACUGUUCGUCUUCAUGGGUGAGAGCUUCAUGCCAACCGGAGUGAGUUCCAUGUCCGUGCGUUUGGUGAUCUCCACAGCCAGGAUUGUGUCUCCACUCCUCAUCCACUUCAAGAGAGACGCAGGAGCUUUCUUUCUGCCGAGUCUCAGCAACGUGGACGUCCUGGCCCUCCAGCUGGACAAAUACAUCCGCAUCACUCAGCAGAUCUGUGAAAAGAUGGAGAAAAAAUCCAGGAGCAUUUCAGGUUCUCGAGGUUUUCAUGAAUGGAAAACUGGAAAAUCCUCCCUGAAGAUUCAUUUGAACAUGAGCGAGGAGUCUCUGCAGAAAUUACAUGACCAUUUACUUCAGCUGACCAAACUCAGGAUGGAUGAAUCGUUCAGGCUGACUUUCCUAUUCGACAUGAAAGCACAGGACUUCAUGUUUAUAUUCAGCACACAGCACAACAGAAUGCUGGACUUCCUGUCUGAAUUAGAAGAAGCUGCAGUUCAGCUGGACAAGAUGAAGAAGGGCUCCAACAUCUCCACUGUAGCUGGAAGUUCAGUGGGUAUUGCAGGAGGUGUUUUGUCCAUCGUAGGUUUAGCUCUCGCUCCAGUCACUGCAGGAGCAUCUCUGGCCCUCACACUCACAGGUGUUGGUCUCGGAGUCACCAGUGGUGUUAAUGGUAUUGUCACAGGCAUCACUGAAAUGGCAGUCAACAAACAUCAUGGACAAAAUGCCAACAACAUCUUCAUCAGGUUUAUGGAAGAUGUGCAGAAGAUCCUCGACUGUAUAGAAGAAGCGGCCAGCAGGUACGGGUCUGUACCAGGUGGUGAUGGGGUUUCUAACGACCUUAAAGAUGAGAAACAGGCUACUAAGGGUGCAGCAGGAGGCAAUGGUAUUGAUGACCUCGUGGAUGGAGCUUUGCCUGCAAAACCUAUUGGACCUGAUGACGUGGUUGGAGCCGCAGUUAAUGUGGGUCUUCAGGAGGCUAAAGCAGUUCGGAACAUUCCCCAGCUUGCUGCAGAUCUUCCUGACAUUGGGCAAAUGGCUAAAGGAGCUCCCCUGGCCCUUUCGAAGUCAGCCAGGGCCGGCUUAAUCGGGUUAAAUGUCCUCUUUAUUGGUCUGGAUGUUCUGUUUAUCUGCAAAGACGGCAUGAGUCUGGCCAAAGGAAGCAAAAAUGAAGUGGCUCAGAUCAUUCGGUCCAGAUCAGUUCUGUGGCGCUCGGAAGUGGAGGCAUGGCAGAAGAUCCAUGACCAUCUAUGUGAAGCAAUGCCAAGUUUUUACAAGAAUCAGGAGGUUCUAGAGCAGCCUUUCCGUCCUUAAGAUCGACCCGAACACACACAGGAAGGCGGCUGGUGAACUGGUUCUGUUGGGUUUGGUUUGGAUCGUAACAGUUCACAGGAACAGAGACGUUUUUUUCUACAACUCAUUCUGGGGUGGGGCUCAUUUUGUGAUGUCAUUAAAUGCACACUAAAGCUUUGGAUCAUCUCAGAUAAUAGUUUAUUUCCACUGUUUGAUCAGAUUCAAUCUUCAUGUUGUUUAACAGGAAAAAGAUGUAAAUAUCUAAUCAUGAAUGAUUUCAUUGAGAUUUUUAUGAUGAGUCACGGCGUGCUGAUUAACAUUUAACAUCAUUUAUAAAAUCAAUACUGCUUUUUUUUAUAUUUCUUCUGUUUCGAUGCUGAUUGUGUGUUUAUUUCUGAGCGUUGUGGUGCGUAUCAGCUUCUACAGACCAGGGAAAUAAUCACACAGGAAACUGGUGUGUUGUGGUUUUCUCCAGUGAACAACUGAAACUUGAUCAUUUCAUAACUCUAAAGUUCUGUCACUGUAAUAAAGAAUCUUCAUUCA